UUUUUAAACCGAGUCGUGACGACGUCGCUCUCAUUUUGGGAUUCUGAGAAAAAGAAAUGUCUCCAGAUUAUUACUAAAAACCUUUUUGAAUUUGUGACUUAAAAAAAAUAAAUAAAAUAAAAUUCUACACAAUUUAAUUAAUUUGUCAGAAUUGAAAAAAACUGAGUAAAUAAAAAGACAGAUUCUGGAUAAUAAUAAUAAUAAUAAUAAUAUAUUAUUACUGAAGCAGGAGAAAGAAACAGCGCGAGGAUUAAGGAUCUUUGAACGGGACUAAGCAGACUGACUCAUCGGUUUCUGACUGGAGUCAGCUGCACAUUUCCAGGCAGCAGGAGAGACUGGGAAUACCUCUGCAGACCAGUGCUGGCUGAGUGGGUUAACUGGUGUCUGACAGAGAGGAAGAAACACAUUAUAGGAAGAAGGGAAAUCAGCUUUUUAAAGGCUACCAAAAAAACUCGGUAAAUUAAAGAGGUUGAGAUUGAUAUUAAUUGCGCAAUUGUGCGGACUUGUGCCUGAGUGGACAGUAGCGGUCUGAAAAGACCACACACAUAUUUUGGUGGAAAGAAAAGGGAAAAACGUAAGAAUUAAAGGGGGAAACCACAAGAGUGAGACAGACUGAAGUUUUUGACCACCCCUAACUAGUUUCUAACUGGCUCCUGAUUGGCUCCUGAUUGGUUCCUGAUUGGUUAACCGGUUUGUGACUUUCAGAAAAGACCACAAACAUUUUUUUUUGGGGGGGGGACAGAAAACAAAAACUAAUAAUUAAAGGGAAACCCAGAGUGAGACAGACUGAAGAGCUGGUUCCUGAUUGGUUCCUGACUGGUUCCUGAUUGGUUCCUGACUGUCACACUAUAGACCAAGAAGCUUACAAAAACUUCAGAAUUAAAGGGAACCCAGACUGAGGCAGACUGAAGUUUUGAACCCUUCUGAUUGGUUCCUAACUGGUUAACUGUUUCCUGACUGGUUCCUGAUUGGUUGACUGGUUCCCUAACUGGUCCCUGACUGAUUGACUGGUUCCUGACUGUUUCCUGAUUGGUUCCUGACUGGUUAACUGUUUCCUGACUGGUUCCUGAUUGGUUGACUGUUUCCCUAACUGGUCCCUGACUGGUUGACUGGUUCCUGACUGGUUCCUGAUUGGUUGACUGGUUCCUGACUGGUUCCUGAUUGGUUCCUGAUUGGUUCCUGACUGGUUGACUGGUUAACUGUUUGCCGACUGUUUACCGACUGAUUUGUGGCCUGUCAGUGAUGGAGAAGCACUCCCUGCCCUCCUCCUGUUCUCUGGUCCUCCUGGAGGAGACCAAGAAGAGGCCUCUGCUCCUGUCCAACGGUAAUGGCGGUGGCGGUGGCGGUGGCGGUAACGGUUACUCCCCCACGGCCGCUAACGGCAGCCUGGUCCCGCUGACGGCGGACGGCGCCUGCGACGGACCGGAGAAGAAACCGGUUGCCGUGGUGACGGGCCCGGGGUACCAGGAACGAGAGACCUGGACCCGGCAGAUGGACUUCAUGAUGUCCUGCGUGGGAUUCGCCGUCGGACUCGGAAACGUGUGGCGCUUCCCGUACCUGUGCUACAAGAACGGAGGAGGCGUCUUCCUGAUCCCGUACCUGCUGAUCGUGGUCGUUGGAGGAAUCCCGAUCUUCUUCCUGGAGAUCGCUCUGGGGCAGUUCAUGAAGGCCGGCAGCAUCAACGUCUGGAACAUCGCUCCGCUAUUUAAAGGUCUGGGUUAUGCCUCCAUGGUGAUUGUGUUUUUCUGCAACACUUACUACAUCAUGGUGUUGGCCUGGGGCUUCUACUACCUAAUCAAGUCCUUUAACUCCACCCUUCCGUGGUCCACCUGUGACAACGAAUGGAACACGCCCAACUGCAUCGAGAUCUUCCGUCACCAGGACUGCAACGGCAGCCUCCCUAACGCUACCAUGAGCAACAACAUGACCUGCGCCGAGAUGGCUAACGCACGAUCGCCAAUCAUCGAGUUCUGGGAGAACAAGGUGUUGAACAUCUCUUCAGGUUUGGGGGACACUGGAGAGUUUAACUGGGAGCUCACGUUGUGUCUGAUGGCCGUCUGGGUUAUGGUUUACUUCUGCGUCUGGAAGGGAGUCAAAUCCACUGGGAAGAUUGUGUACUUCACAGCGACCUUCCCCUACGUGGUGCUCAUCAUCCUGCUGGUCAGAGGAGUCACACUUCCUGGAGCGUACGACGGCAUCAUGUUCUACAUCAAACCUGAUUGGUCCAAACUGGAGGAGGCUCAGGUGUGGAUCGACGCCGGCACGCAGAUCUUCUUCUCCUACGCCAUCGGGCUCGGAGCUCUGACCGCUCUGGGCAGCUACAACCGCUUCAACAACGACUGCUACAAAGAUGCCUUCGUCUUGGCGAUGAUAAACAGCGGGACCAGUUUCUUUGCCGGUUUCGUUGUGUUUUCUAUUCUAGGCUUCAUGGCUGCUGAGCAGGGAGUAGACAUCUCACAGGUCGCUGAGUCAGGUCCGGGUCUGGCCUUCAUUGCGUAUCCGAAGGCUGUCAGUCUGAUGCCGGUGGCUCCGCUGUGGGCGGCUCUCUUCUUCUUCAUGCUGCUGCUGCUCGGACUGGACAGUCAGUUUGUCGGGGUGGAGGGUUUCGUUACUGGAAUCCUGGAUGUGUUUCCUGGAAAGCAGAACUUUCGCUACAAACGGGAGAUCUCGGUGGCGAUAUGCUGCUUACUGUGCUUCAUUAUCGACCUCUCCAUGGUGACGCAGGGAGGGAUGUACGUCUUCCAAUUGUUUGACUACUACUCAGCCAGUGGAAUGACUCUGUUGUGGCAAGCAUUCUGGGAAUGCAUAGUAGUUGCCUGGGUCUACGGUGCUGACCGCUUCAUGGACGAUGUAGCUCGUAUGAUUGGCUACCGGCCUUUCCCCUGGAUGAAGUGGUGCUGGUCCUUUAUAACUCCAUGUGUCUGCAUGGGCAUCUUCCUGUUCCACCUGGUGAACUACAAGCCGCUGACCUACAACAACGUGUAUGUGUACCCGUGGUGGGGCGAGGUGAUUGGCUGGUGUCUGGCUCUGUCCUCCAUGCUCUGCAUCCCCGUCACCCUUCUUUACAAACUCUUCAGAGCCAAGGGAACCUUCAAAGAGCGCUGGGCUCACCUCACCUGUCCGGUGUGGGGGCCACAUCACCUGGAGUACAUGGCCCCCGACAUCAAGUCCCUGAGCUCGCUGUCGCCCGGCACCGACGACAACAAAGUCAUCAUCUUUGAGAGCGUCAUGUAGGCUGGACUCCACCAAUCACAAUGCUCCAUCUCCAUCCAUCCAUCCCACCUGUGACAAGAUGCCCUGCAACACCUCACCACCACACUUCAGAUUUCCCUCCAGGGUUCAAAAUUAGCACCAUUUACCAUUUGCCAAAAUGCUGGCAAAAUAUGCAAGAGGCUGGUAGCUUUGAUUCACUCACUGCCCCCAAAAAAAAAACAAUGGUAAUCUACUGUGUGAAAUUUGAACAUUCACUAUCUGUUUGGCUGGUGGACAAAAAGUUAAUUUUGAACCCUGUUUUACCUCCGUACCGGACCUAAGAGUGACGGAUCAGCCCCUCAGCUCAUCAAGACAUCACCAAAGCUACCGAGAUGUUUCAGAGAAUUAAACAGCUCCUCCAGGACGGUUUUUAUAUUUAAUAAAUCCCAGCAGCAACAAAUGAAAAGCCUACUUUUUCACCCAGAAAAAGAAAAAAAAACACAAAAAUGUGAGAUUAAAAACCAGCAGAUCACUCGGUUCUUUAACUGGAAAAGGGCUUCGACUCCUCUGGUUCUCAAUACAGAAAAAGAAAAUGUAAAUAUUAUUUUUUUUUCACAAAUGUCAAAACCCUGGAGGAGCUGAAGAAGAAGAAGAAGAAGUUUGGACAGAUUUCGUUCAAAACGCUGCUGAACGUUGCCAUGGCUUUCUCCAUGUUGGAUGAAGAGUAUUAAUGCAAUCUUGUCUUUGGGUGGGCGGGUUGGACAGACACACACACACACACACACACACACACACACACACACACACACACACACACACACACACACACACACA